AUGUCGUCACAACUGCUUCAACACUUGGGGAUCCUCAAGUUUGAUUUCACUGUUGCCGUGGCGAUGAAGGCUAUUCAACACAGAUUUAAUGAAUUCCAAACUUCUUUCUCCAUUUCUUCUGCAGGUGCGACCAAGGAUCUGGGUGCCUCGCUGACACGAAUGUGCAUCCGACAUAAGACCAUCGAACUCAAGCUCAAGUCUUUCACUAAUGCCAUCAUGGAGUGUCUGGUAGUUCCCCUCCAGGAACGCAUGGAGGAAUGGAAGAAGAUCACUACGCAACUGGACAAAGAACACGCAAAAGAUUAUAAGAAAGCAAGGCAAGAUAUCAAGAAGAAGUCAUCUGACACCGUGCGGCUGCAGAAGAAAGCCAGAAAAGGCAAGGAGGAUUCAUCAAUAAGACAUCAUAACGAGAAACUAAGUAAAGCUGAUAUCCAGUAUCGCUUGGACAGCGCCAUGCAUGAUGUCAACGACAUGUACCUGCUGCUUGAAGAGCAAGAGAAGAACGCUGUCCGGAGUAGCAUGAUUGAGGAAAGAAGUCGAUUCUGUACUCUCAUCAGCUGCUUCAAACCAGUCGUGGAUGAGGAGAUAUCAAUGCUGUCUGAAGUAACACGUCUUGAGUCAGUCUUGAGUGAGCUAGUGGAGCAUGGCAAGGACCCCUAUGUCCUGCCUCAGACCAGCGAACAGGUCAUCAUGGACAUCAAGGGCCAAGAAAUCAAGUGGUCAUACCAGACACCGCCUGGUUCCCCGUCCCCGUCCUCCGGUUCCCGCAAGUCCAGCAUGUGCAGUCUGAGCAGCAUGACUAGCUCCGACUCGCGCUCCAGCAGUUCAACCAACUCCCACUCGCCAGGUACCAACUACGUCCGGCACCGCAGCUUGUCGCAGCCCAACAGCGCUUACCGGCUGUCCAGCGUGUCUUCACAGGAUUCCGGAUUCACCUCGCAGGAUAUGCUGUUCCCGGCCCAGCCCGGUACCCCGCCACAGACGGUACCCGAAGAGCCUGCACAGCAACGUCUUUUGCACAGCGCCUCAACCCCCUAUGAACUCGAGCACCAGUCUUCCAGCGAAUGCAGCACGCCUUCCUCCCCGACCCCGCCCCCUCCUACUUCCUCCAUCUCCUCGUUCACCGUCCCACCCUCCCAAGCCCCUCCCCCUCCCAGCUGGUUGGUCAACUUCAGCCAAGCGGAGAAGCUACAGCGGCCCAAGAGCAUCCCCACGCCGGUGACGUCGUCAGUUGGUAACCGGCCCCCGGCAGUUGCUGAUAAGCCCCUGGUGUCCCCUAAGCCCAAGAGUGGUAGUGGUGACGCCAAGGGUGGCAGUGUGCCCUACGUGCCUGACUUCAACACGCCCCAGUCCAACCAAAUUGUGCCUCGUCCCCUGUGUGCCAGUGGACAAACACCAACCAACGCUGAUCUAUACCGUCAGAGGAGUGCUACACUACCGGCAAGAAGACAUACACAUAGUUCAAUGCCGUCGGCUUUAUAUUCUCUGGAUUCGGACGGUACGACCAGCAGCCAUGGAUCGCUGAGCACGUCCAGCGGUUACAGCUCCCAGUCCACGACGGGAACCUACUCCGAUGAAAUGCUGACGUCACAAGAUCGCAGGCAGCAUUCCAUGGAUGGAAGCUCAGAAAACGUCACUGACAUGGACAAGUCAACCGGUCACUAUUCCCACACAACGGAGUCUAUGUACACCACCACGCCCAACCAAUCCCCUACACGUCGACCCAUGUCCAUGGCAUGUGUACCCACUUCGUCAUUCGGGGAACCGGUCACCAGGAAUACGGCCACCACACCCAGUGGCUCAUUACGUAAGAGUAAACCCCCUCCGCCGAUUCGACGUACGCCGUCUGGCGGAUCGCUAGCCGGUAUGACCGAACAAGGUGGGAAUUGGAGUGAGGGUGGGGAUGGAUCUGACGACGCCUACUUCAAACGCCCAUACACACCAGGACGGGUCCGUAGCCAGAGCACUGUUCAAGCACCUUAUGGCUCCGAGCCUCAGCAGUCUGGUAGCCAACCCCAGGGGCGGGUGCAUCGCAGUCACAGCUUGAAGUUGACUGGUGAUGUCAUGUCGGGCGACGUGGCCCGCAUGAGUCUCAUGGAGAGUUUGAAUGCCAAGCUUGCACAGCGCGGACCAAUGCAAGAUGUAGGACCGAGGCAACAGACGCCAGCAGAGCAACAGCACUAUGCACAGCCAAUACAGCAGAAACCCGCAAAGCAGUAUCAGCAACAGCAGUAUCAGCAGCAACAGUCACAACAACAGUAUCAACAGCAGCAGUCAACGCAACAGUAUCAGCAACAGCAACAGCAGUAUCAGCAACAAGAGUAUACACAACAGCCCUCUACGCAGCAGUAUCAACAACAAUCAACACAGCAGUAUCAACAGCAACAAGGCCAAUACCAACAGCAACAAACGAGUCAAUAUCAGCAGCAGCAGCAGCAUUUUCAGCAGAACCAAUAUCAGCAACCCCAAGGUGCUUACAAACCGACCAGUCCGCCGCAACAAACCUACCCAAACCAGCAAACCACUCCGCAGAGCUUCCAACAGCGACAGCUACAAGUGAAGCAGCAGUUACAGCAACAGCUGCAACACGGCAACACGCUGCAGCACAGCCAGCAUGGCAACUCGCAGACCUACGGACAAUCGCAAAUCGCCGCGCAGGCAGCGCAGAUGCGACAAGCCCAGAAUAACCUAAGUAAGCAACAGACUUACAACAGCCAGCAGCAACCUGUUGGUAACCAGGGAGACUGUCACCAAGGCGACAGUGACAGUUCGGACAGCGAUGACGGGGUUGGGAUCCUCUCGGAGAUUCGGAGAGGCGUGAAGCUGCGACGGACUGUUUCCAAUGACCGCUCAGGCCCAAGAGUAUGAACUUUGACAAAAAAUAGAAACCGAGCUUAAAACAGCAAUACUCUAAUAGCAUGUAGUAGUGAUAGUAAUGUGCAAAAGCUACAAAGCUUGGAUGUUCGUUUUCUAUAAACGUGUACAAUGUACAUGAUGUAUGCAACAGUAAAGUUGGUCGAAUUUGCCAAUAUUGUCACUGUGCAUAUUGGAAUGCAUAUUUGAAUGAUCGACUGGGUGGAAUUUCUUCCAUGUGACUUAAGCUGUAGGGAACAGGCUCUUACAUGAGGGGAACCUACAGUUUAAGUUGAAGAGAAAACAAAAAGUGGGUCCUAAAAAUGUUGACUUUCUUGUUCACUGACUUGCAAGCUGUCUGUCGCUGUGUUUGAAAAUUGUUCAUCUGUGGCCAGUGUCAUAAAUCGAUUUUGUAUGUAUCAAUCCAAUGUAAUGUUGCUAUUGGUCAAGUUCCUGUAGGCAGUGAUAAAUAUCGCAAUGAAGUUGACCACAACAUGAUGGGCACCAGUCUAUGCAUUUCCGUGCAGAACCUCCGUUUUGUUGCAUGUUUUUGAAAAAACGGCAUUGUUGCAGCUCGGGCUCCAGGACACUCUAACUCAAUAUAGGACCAUGUCCUACUUCAGUAACAUAGAAUCCUAAAUUUGACGCAAGGUUUACAGGAACUUUCCAUUUGAUUUGGACAAAAAGGACUUACAAAGAUUCUGAAAAGUCAGAGAUGAAGCCACAGCUGGAAAUGAAACCAUGGUUUCAAAAACUGCUAUGGGUAUUGUCUGAAUGAAGUGACGUUGGCUAAGGCUAACAGCUUCCCAUAGAUACACAGUGUGACUGUGCAAUUACAGUCAUAGCCAUGCAACAUUCAGACAUUGCCAACAUUUUUGCAUUUCUGCCAUGAUGGUUGAAGUGUACCAUUAGUCAACUGAUCAAGAUUUUUUUCAUCUGUCUCGGAAGAUAUUUUGGUGCUUCCUUUUUUUCUCCAGAAAAAGACAUUACUGUUGUUAAUUAUACUAGCAUAAAAAUUGAAGAAUAGAUCAAAUUUAUUUGAGGAAAGAAAGCUUGACAAACUUUCUUUGCUCAAGGUAAGAUAUUUAAUUUUUGAAAAAUGAGCAAGGUUAGCUCAAUAGUUAAGGGAAGAAAUGUGAUCUUUGUAAUUAUUAAAAUUUUGUAGCGUUUAAAGAAUAGAACAAUAUGAUAAAAAAAAAUUGAUCAAAAUGAUUUAGAUUUUUUAAGAAAAUUGUCGAGUUUUUUUUCUUUUUAAAGUUUUUUUACUUGCCACUGUAGAUAUUUUUUAUAAAUGUUUUAGGGUCAUGAACAAGUUGCACUUAAAGGUCAGAGGUCACAGGCUGACCUGAUUAAUUUAAGUUUUAGUUUAAAUUGCUAACUAACUGAUAUAAGUUACUGUGAUUGUUGGUUAAUAUUAACUAAGAAUUGUUAGGUCAGUCGUGUUUAGAAUUGUAAUAUUUUGCCAUUUUUAGUUACGGUGUAUUCGUGGUUCCUUAUAUUGAAGCCAUUGAAAUAGAUUAAAGAGCAUUUUAAUUGUAUUUAUUAUUUUUUAUACUGCCUGUAAACUGCAACAAAAAAAUAAGACGUUUCUUGCAUUUCAUUGCUAAAUGUACAUUUUUUAAAGAAAGGUUUUUGCAAAAAUCUGGGCAGCCAAGGAACAGUUUGCAACAAACAAGUAGAAUUAUGUACAUAAAUCGCUCUUGGAAACUUUUGGCACAUACAACUAAAUUGUUUGUAAAUGUCACAAAACAAGAAGUGCAUCAACAGAAACCUUGUCACAUGUCCGGUUUCACCGUAAGUUGUUCAUCACUGAGCUAAAGAUGUACUCCGUUGUGAAGGGAAAAAAAAACACUGGAACAAUAAUAUUGCAACGAUGUUGUUCGGCUGUAACAAUGUGGACUCUUGAGGGCGCUUGUUGCCUCGCAACAAAGGAUGAUUAAGAUCACCAUGGUGACACUGUUGUCUAGUCCCAGUAGUAGCAUAUCUGUUACUAGCGUCUACCAAAUAACAGCCAUGUGUCAAGGGAUCCCCUUUGAAAACUGCCAUUUUUAACAAAAAAAUCUCCAUAAAAGAACAGACAUUUUCUUUCAUUUUUAAUAAAACCUAUGGGAACAGUGUUGUGUACAUCAGGAGCUUCUGGUCUGUCUUAUCGUUAAAAAUGAAAUUUAAAAACUUUUUUGUCACUCAAGUUAUUGUGAGUUUAUUUCACAUAAUCUUUCAUCACUCCAGUAUCAAAAACAUUAUUUCCAACCACACCAAUAUUUUGCUUCGAUUGUGAGGAAUUAUCCAUAUGCAUUUACAAGUUUUAAAAAAAUUAAUGUUUAAAAAAAUGAAUGAUUUUUUUUUUUUUUUUUUUUUUUUAGUGACUGUUCAAUUUGUGAAAAGACAAAUGUGCCUUUUUAUUCAAUAUUUACGCUAGGCAUUGCAAUUUAUAUAACUUAGGUAGGAUGUCGUGGAUCUAAAUAACACUGCCCUCCUUUUUUUUUCAAACUGAAAUAAAGUAAGUUAGAAAUUUACUAAUUUAGAAGCCUCAGUUUUAACAACCCACUUGAUAUAGCCAUAUUUGUAAGUCAGCACAAAGCAAAUUUGUUACGGUAAUAGUGAGUUAAAUGACUUUUUGAAAUUUCUGGGGUUUUUUUUUCCCCUUCAUCGUCAGUAAAUAAAAAGCUCAUUACUGUGUGUGCUUAGAAAGAGUAAACCUGCUAAUAAGAAGGUACAGUCCGUUACCAAAUUUUGAAACUGUACCAAACACUUCCGUAAAUAUGUUCCUUUCUGAUUUUGGAUUUGUAACAUUCGUUAGAAUGUGUAGUUUCUGGGUGACAUUAUUCGAACUAACAGGUGGUAUAAUCGCACGUUUCUAUGACAAUGACAGCUUUGUGUUUGAAACUAAGCUGGGCUUUUGUAGUUGUGUAUAUAUAUUGGUAAUGGUUUGUCUAACAUGAGUAUGCAAGGCCAAAAUGCAUUGGUAGGUCGGAGAUGAACAAAAACAUGUUGUUUGUGCCUAAAGUGUUAAUUUUUUUAUUAUUUAUUGGUUUUUAUGUAUUUAUGCAUCGCUGUUGUCACCAAAACUUUGUUUAAGGGGUUCUUUUUCUUGGGCCCCUUAAAACCAUUACUGUAUUUUAAUUUCAAGUCAUGCUAACAUGUUUCAUAACAUUCUUCGAACCCUACAUGUAGGUGCAAAUGGUAAUGUGCAGUCUUUUUUUUUUUUUUACAUAAUGGUUGAUGUUUUCAAGUGAAGGGUCGGAGGAAGAUUGUUUUGUUCCACAAAUUCAAAGACCCAAUUUAUUCAUAAUUUCUUUUCCAGUUUUAUUUACGUCUUCUUAAAUGUGCAAGUGAAGAUUUUUUUCUGCCCUCGUAAAUUAAUCUAUGGAAAAGAUGCCACCUAAACAUCUUAAAUUUACUUUAACAGUUGCACAGACUUCCACAUUUUGAUCCAUUAGAAACUCGACAAUUGUUUUCCAAAAAUAUUUCCCUCACUUUAAUUUAAUCUUCAUAAAAAAAACGAUCCAGUGUUAACUUGUUUUGUAUUUUUUUUAAUCUACAUUUCCCCAAACUCAUUUUUACCAAGCGUAACAAUUCGACAAACAAAAAGAAGUGAAAUAUUUUUCUGAAUUUGACACUGAAGCAUUUAAAAUUCAAUGCAAAUUUUCUACACAAGUCGUCAAAGCAGUGAUACUUGUUAUAACAUUGAGAAUCAUAAAGUGUAGUUUAAUUUCUGCAAGCAAACUGUUGCAAAGCAUGUUGUAAAAUAAAAAAAAAAAGUAGUUGGACCAAGA